UCUUAGUUGGAGUUGACUCGACGCGGAUUGUGGACGUGUUUGCGCGUUUCUCGCGGUCAGUGCAAACUUGGUCUGGUAGAUAGGUUGGUCGGUGGAGCAACCUACGUCACUACCUAGGUAGCUGCUUGUGUUGGAGUGUGUGAAGAUUGUCUGGAGGCAUUUGGUUCCCACAGCACAGUCAACAGCGAGCCCCAUCAGAAGAUUAGUGCCUACAGCUGUUGGUCGAUACCUGUGUGGUAUUGGGGUAUUGCAUGUGGUGGAAUGUCGUGUUCGAUUCGGAAGAAGUUUGCCUCUGAUUACGCGAAUACUAUCCCCGUUUAGUGACCCGCGCGAGUUUGGAAUCUUUACUUUUUUGUCUCUGCUUGGGAAAAGAAAAGAUUAUCUUGGUGAAAAUUAGAUUGUGCUGCUCCAUAGCUUGCUGUGUGUACCUAGUGCAUGCGAUAACAAUCGAAGCCUUCCCCUCGCUUGCACCAAGCCGAGAGUGCUGCGCUGAGCUGAGCUGGAACUGGAAUAAUUGUUAUUCUUGGUCUUAUUGUUGCUCCCCCCAGAGUGUGCGAAGAAAGGGGAGCCGUUCCUAGUGUGAGUGUGACCUACGAAGAAUCCCGUGUGGUAGGCACCUUGCUGUGAAAGGGGCCACCCAGUUGAAAGGUGAUUUUUUGUGACCUCUCGUUGUGAGCCCUCAACGUAUAUUGUGCAAAAUAAUUGUGGCUUAAAUAGUUUGGAAAUGUGGCCAAAAUCGAACCCCGCCACGGGGCAUUAGUGCGUAACCGUGAAGAAAAACCCCAAACAGUGUGCUGUUUGCUGUCGUCGCCGGUUCCCUAGGAGCUGCUCUUCUUUUCGAGGUUACCACCGCAGCGACCCAAAAAGAGCAGAAAAGUUUCACCAAUUAGCGGAAUUUCGGAAGUGAAGUGCCAAAAGGCCGAGAAAGAGCGCGGACAAGGAACGGAACAACACCGCAAAAACAUGUCAUCAACGGAGCUUUAUGUGAAGGACGCCCGCGUCUGGAUCCCUCACGCAGAGAACGUCUGGCAGGGUGCGGUGGUACUUCGUGACUACAAAGAAGGUGACACCACGUUGGAACUGAUCACCGAUCGCAAGGAAUCACACACCGUGCAGCUCAAGUCACCCAGCGAUCUGCCCCAUCUGCGCAACCCUGCCAUCCUCAUCGGACAGAAUGAUCUCACGGCGCUGUCCUACCUGCACGAGCCGGACGUCCUGUACAAUCUGGAGGUCCGGUUCUGCGACCGUCACAACAUCUACACCUACUGCGGUAUCGUCCUGGUGGCGAUCAAUCCCUAUGCAGAACUCCCGCUCUACGGGGCGGAACUUAUACGGGCCUAUCGGGGUCACUCGAUGGGCGAACUGGAGCCACAUAUCUUCGCCGUGGCAGAAGAAGCCUAUGCCAAACUCGAGCGUGAAAAGUGUGAUAUUAGUAUUAUUGUUAGUGGUGAAUCGGGGGCGGGGAAGACCGUAUCGGCCAAGUAUGCUAUGCGAUACUUUGCCGCGGUCGGCGGUAGUGAAUCGGAAACGCAAAUCGAGAAAAAAGUGUUGGCCAGCAGUCCGAUCAUGGAAGCGAUCGGCAAUGCGAAAACCACCCGGAACGAUAACAGUUCACGGUUUGGCAAGUUUACCAAAUUGCUGUUUACGAAUCAUCUCUCGAUGAUGUCCCUGACCGGGGGUACCAUGCAAACGUACCUGCUGGAGAAGUCGCGUGUGGUAUUUCAGGCUCCCGGAGAGCGAAAUUAUCACAUAUUCUAUCAGUUGUGUGCGGCGCGGCAGCAGUGGCCCGAACUGAUGCUGGAUCAUCAGGAUAAGUUCCACUUUCUGAACCAGGGCCAUUCGCCGGAUAUUGUGCGAGUGUCGGAUGAAGAUCAGUUUCGGGAAACGGUGAAUGCAUUCAAGAUAUUGGGGUUCGAUGAUGGGGAGAUCAGUGACAUAAUGAAAGUGCUGGCAGCUGUGCUGCAUUUGGGGAAUGUUGAGUUUACACACAAGUUUAAGAAGCAAUCGCAGGAAGUGGACCAGGAAGCGUGCAACGUUGCGUCCGACGAUCUGCACGUGAACAUCUUCAGCGACAUCCUCAAGCUGAACCGGGACGAACUGCGAAAGUGGCUCAUCACGCGCCAAAUCGAAUCCAUCAACGACACCGUGUUGAUCCCGCAAAGCAAGGCCCAAUCCGAGGCGGCCCGGGAUGCACUGGCCAAACAUAUCUACGCGGAAAUGUUCCAGUACAUCGUCCACAAGAUCAACCGCAAUCUGGCCGGUGGCAAGAAGCAGAACUGCUUCAUUGGUGUACUGGAUAUCUACGGGUUCGAAACGUUCGAGGUGAACUCGUUUGAGCAGUUCUGUAUCAACUACGCCAACGAGAAGUUACAGCAGCAGUUCAAUCAGCAUGUUUUCAAGCUGGAACAGGAACAGUACCUGAAGGAGGGAAUCGAGUGGAAAAUGAUCGAUUUCUACGACAACCAACCAUGCAUCGACCUGAUCGAGACCAAGUUGGGCAUCCUGGAUCUACUGGACGAAGAGUGCCGGAUGCCUCGGGGUUCGGACGAGUCUUGGGUGGGGAAGCUUUUCGAGAAAUGUAGCAAGUACAAGCACUUCGACAAACCCCGGUUUGGGACGAGUGCAUUUUUGAUCAAACACUUCUCGGACACGGUCCAGUACGAGUCGCACGGGUUUCUGGAGAAGAAUCGAGACACGGUUUCCAAGGAGCUGGUGAACGUACUGCGACUGUCCAAGAUGAAGUUGUGCCAUAAGCUGAUGACGGUUUCGGACGAGUCGCCAACGUCCGAGGAAGGGGAAGUGGGCAAGUCCGGAGUUAAGCUAGUGGUCAGUGCCGCCAAGAGUCAGCCCAUCGAUAGAAAACGAAAGCCAAUGACCCAGAAGCAACAGAGGAAAACAGUCGGUUCACAGUUCCGGGAAAGUCUGACACUGUUGAUAACAACACUGCACAACACGACGCCGCAUUAUGUCCGAUGCAUAAAGCCCAAUGACGACAAGGCCGCUUUCCAGUGGGAAGCCCCGAAAAUCGUACAACAGUUGCGGGCAUGCGGCGUUCUGGAAACGGUCCGCAUAUCGGCCGCCGGUUUCCCAUCCCGUUGGACGUACGAGGACUUCUACGAUCGAUACCGGUUGCUAUGCAAACGCGUCCAAAUUGUAGACUGGAACGUGAAAGCCACCUGCGGCAACAUUGUACGUAACUGGCUCACCGACCCGGACAAGUACCGGCUGGGCAACACGCAGAUCUUCUUCCGCGCCGGUCAGGUCGCUUAUCUGGAACAGUUGCGAAGCGAUCUGCGCAAGAAGCACAUCAUCAAGGUGCAAUCGCUGAUAAGGAGAUUUAUUUGCCGAAACAAAUAUCUGCGACUGAAGCGCACUGCUCUUGGUCUGCAACGGCACGCUCGGGGGAUGCUGGCUAGGAAGCGUGCGGAUAAUCUACGGAAGAAUCGAGCGGCCAUCAAAAUCCAACGAUACGUACGAGGAUGGCUGCAGCGAAUCAAGUAUCGACGAAUCCGUCGGACGGCACUCCGCCUUCAAACCUACGCCCGUGGACUACUCGCCCGGCGGAAGUUCAAGCAAGUGCUGGACAACUACAAGGCCACCCAGAUUCAGCGUUUCUGUCGGGGUUAUUUGGCGAGGCAGCGAGCUCACCAGCGACUGGCCAACAUCAUCAAGUGCCAGGCAACGGUGCGUCGGUUCUUGGCCCGUCGCAUGUUCAAGCGGCUAAAAGCGGAAGCCCGUACCAUCUCGCACAUCCAGAAGAUGUACAAAGGUCUGGAGAACAAAAUUAUUGAACUGCAGCAACGUUACGAUCAGAUUUCGAAGGAGAACGCUGCUCUGAAGAAACAGAACGCCGACAUUCCGGAAAUGCGUCAGAAGAUGGCCGCCAUGAAACAGCAGGAGAACGACCUGAAGGCACUGAAACUGCAGCUGGAGCAGAAGGACGAAAAACUGCUGGUGGUGAUCAAGCAGCUGGAGAACGAACGGGACGAGAAGAUGAUUCUGCUGGAGGAGAAACAGAAGGAGGAGGAAGACCGGAUGAAGGAACGGGCGGCCAUGGAGCAGGACCUCGCCAAAAUGCGAGAGCAGGUUAACGAAAUCAGCGACGUCACGAAACUGGAACGGGAUCGACUGCUCUCGCAAGCGGACUCCAAGGAAAUUCACGUGGCCUAUCAACGGAUGGUCGAGGACAAGAACCAGCUGGAAAACGAAAACAGCAAUCUGCGCCACGAACUGCGCCGGUUGCAGCACCUGGUGAGCAACUCCCACGAGGGGAAAACGCACUCCCGCUCGGUGAGCAAUGCUUCCAGCACCAACGAGGAGGACUACGGUUACAACUCGGGCAAGAACACGCUGGAGAUCCGCCGGUCGCCACACUCGUACGAAGGUGAAAUUAACAAUAAUUCCAAACGAUAUAGUGGAAAUGGCGGCGGAAAUGUUGUUACCAGGGGUUCCAAUGCGGCAGUUUCCCCGACGGCGGCCGGAAGGCCACCACCUCCGGCCGUUAGUUCGAUGAGUAAUGGGCCGACCUCUAUCGGAAGCCCACCUCCCUCGAUGACGAGUGGUAAUAUUUCUUCUAGUCAAAAUAGCCUAAGUGAUACACGAACGCUGCCAAAAGAUAGUUCGCUUGAUUUCGAGCGCAUGCUGAACAGGACUCCUGUGGGGUUGUUCAGUUUACUGCAAGACCACUCCACGCCCAACAACGCAGAGUCGGCCCCGGAGAAGGAUCAAACGGCCAUAAUUCUGAAGAUGCGCAUGCUCUUCGAGGAGGAGAAAUCCAAGAGCGAUCAGCUCCGGAAGGAAAUCGCUCGGUUCCGCAAGAGCUCGUCCUUCAGCACGGAGGAUUCGAUCCGCGCCUCGGAACUGGAGGUGGAAAUCGAGAAGCUCCGGCAGGAUUACAACCUGCUGAGAAACAGCAUCAAGCGCGGUGUCGAGGAUCGUGAACUGAUGGAACAGCACAACGCCCUGCAGGAGGAGCUGAAGCGGCGACGAGACGAGUGCAUCUCGUUGAAGGCCGUCCUGGCACAGCAGAGUCACUCGCUGAGGACACUGGGACAGUCGCAGGUCAACCCCAAUGGGGACACGAGCUUACGAAUUCACGAUGAAGGCGAACUCAUGGAAGCGUUCCAGGCGCAGAAGUUGGUCAACAGGCAGCUGGAGUCGGAACUGCGGGCAAUGAUGGAUGCAAGCAACGAAACGCUGGUUGAAAACAAUAAGGUCAUAGAAGCACUCCGAAAGGAGGUUCAGGAACUCCAGGCGAUCAACCAGGGAAGAUUGGAUACCUCAAACGAAGACAAUCUGGAUUCGCUGAAGCGGAGUGAUCAGUAUUUGAGGCACGAGUUGAAGAAAUCAACGGCAGCUUAUGUAGAUCUCCAAGAACAGGUGAACGAGCUGCUGGCGAAGAUCAAUGAACUAACGAAGAAGAAUAACAUCCUGUCCAAUCGGUUACGUGACCACGGAUUGAACGAUUCCAUCAUAAUGAACGAAGAGUUCCAGUCUAUGGUAGUGGUGAAGAAGAAGGCCCACUCCUUCCAGGGUAUUCUGAAGUAUCGGCAUGAGGAUGAGAACAAGAUCAUUCAGCGGUUGGUGACCGACUUGAAGCCAAGGGUGGCGGUCACGCUAAUGCCCAGUUUGCCGGCCUAUGUGGUGUUCAUGUGCAUCCGCUAUACCGAUUCGGUCAACACCGAUCAACUGGUCCGAUCCCUGCUGACACGGUUUGUGCAGAUGAUCAAGCGAUUGUACAAGCUGCCCAACGUUGCCGAAGUGCGAGUCAUGUGGCUAGUCAAUACGCUCACCCUCCAUAACCUGCUGAAGCAAUUCGGCGGCUACCAGGACUACAUGCAGUACAACACCGAGGAGCAGAACCUGCAGCAGCUGAAGAACUUCGAUCUGUCCGAGUACCGGCAGGUGAUCUACGAGCUGAUCAUCCUGAUGCACGGCGUCCUGCUGCGGCAGGUGCAGGAAUCGAUCAAGCAGUACAUCGUGCCGGCCAUCCUCGAUCACGACGAAACGGCCCGGGGCAAGAGCCGGGGGCGCACGAUGUCGCUGGACAUGUCACCGGAGCAGCAGCAGCAGAGCCGGGAACCGAAAUCGCUGGUCCAGCAGCUGGAUACGUUCUACAAGCAUCUGAGCAGCUUCGGCAUGGAGAGCAACUACAUCGAGCAGAUCUUCAAGCAGCUAAUGUACUACAUCUGCGCCGUGGCGGUCAACAGCCUCAUGCUGAGAGGUGACCUGUGCGUGUGGAAGACCGGCAUGAAGAUCCACUACAACGUUGGCUGCCUGGAACGGUGGGUCCGCUCGAUGUCCAUGGAUCCGGACGUUUUCAAACCGCUGGAACCGUUGUAUCAGAUUUCCCGCAUUCUGCAAGCCCGCAAAACCGUGGAGGACGUACCGACGUUGCUGGAGCUCAGCACGUGUCUGACGACGGCGCAAAUUUUGAAGAUCAUCAAAUCGUACACCACGGACGAUUGCGAGAACGAAAUCACACCGCUGUUCAUCGAAACGUUAACUCGGCAACUGAACGAACGUUCCAGCCAAAGCGAAGCGGACACCUACAUGAUGGACGAGGAGAUCGUCAGCCCGCUGGUGGUGGUGUACAAGUACAGCGAAAUCAAUCUGAAGGAAAUCGAACUGCCCGAGGAGCUAAAUCUGGACGGUUUGGUCACCAAAAUCUAAAAGACCAAUCGUACACAAGGACAUUUCCGCAUGUUUUAACUAUAGAAAAAAAAAUGACCUAUUUACAGAUGUUAGUGAAAAGUAGCGAAAGCGGUCCCAAGGGCCAACAACUACUCUAACCGACCAAGAGCGAGAAGUUCGAUCUAAGUGAGCAUUGUUAUGUAAUUCUAAUAAGAAUUUCCCGUUACAUUCAUCAAUAGCAGUUAGAUACGUAUUUACACUGUAUUCGUUAGAAAUAUAUACGAAUUAGUGAACUAUUUUGCAUAUCCGUGCAGCGACAAAGUCAUGAGUUACUUGUGUACAAGUACAACAUCGAUUGGCCUUCAUCAGGAUUCAUUUUGUGAAUCACAAAUCAAUGGUUUCUGCCUUCAAAGCAUGACUGUUUUUCGAAACUGUUAAGUGCAUUUACUAAUACUUUUGUCUGGUUAACACCAAACGCCACUUACUUAUGGCACUUUGUACCAUAUGUUAUGUUUGCUUUUUUAUUACGCUAGUUGUAACAUAAGUUGUUCAAUUGUUAUUUAUUACUCUCUGAAGUGAGCAAGUCUGAAAAGGAGUGUGAACAAAACAGAAAAUGGCGGUCGAACUAUAUUUAUUCCAAAUUGACCCAAAUUAAUAUUUACGAAAAAGCACCUAGCCUAUUAGCAAAUAGAGAUUUUUCACAUUUCACAUCAGCAAACCGAAGCAAGGAAUGAAAACAAUAAUGAUGUUACUCUAAUUAGAAACAAAAGUACACAUAAUCCGUUUAGACAAAGUAUGUUGAGUACACAUGCAACCAUGUUGAAGCAAGUAAUUUCUUCUUGUUAUAGAGCAUUUAACGUGAUAUAGAUACAAUUUACCUAUGUACACACCCACUGUACUUAUAACUAGUGAGUAUUGGCUAAGCGUUGCAACGGCAAAUAAAUACGAAUGCCUGGUAAAA